AUUUAAUAGUUAUGUUUUCUGGAAUUCACAUUCUCAUAAUGUCCACGAAAUAUGCCGUUUUAUUUAUGUUUGAUUAGUACUAUUUUUCAUUUCGUUUUUUAUGUUUAACUAAAUGCAACGGCAGAUGUACUACUCCCGUCGAAGGUUGGAAUUUGGAGCUUGCAAUGAACCAGUGAACGCGACGAGGACCGUCCAACAUGGCGGCCCAGCGUAGGAACUUGAUGCAGAGCCAUCAGAGCUGGACAGAUGACCUGCCGCUGUGUCAGAUGUGUGGGGUUGGCACAGCAACCAACUGUGUGUACGGCCCUGAUGGAAAAGGAACUUUGAGCCACCCCAAUGAGGAUGGACACCUCCGGUUCAGAGGCGAGGAUGGCUGUUUCCUCUAUGGGGUUUUUAAUGGUUAUGAUGGCAGCAGAGUGGCCAGCUUUGCCUCCCAGUGUCUGACAGCUGAGCUGCUGCUAGGUCAGCUCAACUCCAGUCACACAGACAACGACGUCCGCAGGAUCCUCACACAGGCUUUUGACGUGGUGGAGAAGAGCUACUUUGAGACGAUUGAUGAUGCUCUGGCUGAGAAAGCUCACCUGUCCAACUACCUCCCACCACACAAUGAGAAUGUGUCAUUCCACCAGCUUUCUCCUCAGAGUCAGAAGGUGCAGGAGCGUCUGAAGGAGCUGGAGCGAGAGGUGUCAGGAGGAGCUACAGCCGUGGUGGCACUGAUCCUCAACAACAAGCUCUAUAUCGCCAAUGUUGGUACCAACCGGGCACUGUUGUGCAAGUCCAGCAGCGACGGCCAGAACCAGGUUCUACAGAUUGGCCGCCCACACGGCACUGACAAUGAAGAGGAGCUGCAGAGGCUUGCUGCACUGGGUGUGGAUUCAGCUCGUGUAAGGCAGGCGGGGCAGAUUGCUGGUCAGAGCAGCACCAGGAGGCUCGGAGACUACCGGGUUAAAUUCAACUACAACGAAAUCGACGUGCUCAGCACGGCCAAGACGAGGCCAAUCAUCGCAGAGCCAGAGAUUCAUGGUAGCCAGUCUUUGGACAGCGUGACAGGCUUCUUGUUGCUGAUGUCAGAAGGUCUCAUCAAUGCCCUUGAGUCCGCCCACGGCCCCGAACAAGCCAAUCAGGAAAUUGUUGCCAUGGUAGCAGCAGAGCUGGCCCUGCAGACCAGUCUGGAGGCAGUGUCUCAGUCGGUGGUCGAGCGCAUCAGACGGCUGCACCACGACGUCUACAUGUCCGGCCGUCAGAGGGCAACUUUCUGCUCUCGGCACGAGGACAUGACCCUGCUCAUCCGCACACUCAACUACCCGCUAUCUGACGGAGUGCUCACGCCCACCCAGGGUGGACGUAUCUACCCCGUGUCCGUGCCCUACUCCAACAUCCAGAGCACUAGUAAAACCAGUGUCACCCUCUCACUGGUCAUGCCCUCCCAAAAUACUCUCACCAACGGCACCAACACUGCCUCCACACUGGAGGAAGGCACCCCCACACCAGGCACGUUUUACCCUGUUACCUGCCAGACUUUUGUCGACAUCCUGCAGCCCAUAUUUGAACUCCCGUUUUUCCCUCUUUUCCCCCUCUCUCCUCUUCCUCCUCUCCCCCUCUCCACCUCCCUCUUCUCUCUUUCCACCACUCCUCCUCCUCCCUACCCUCUCCCUCUCUCCACCUCUCUCCUUUGCCUCUCCACCGGCGACAUGGACCCCUUCCUCUCUCCUCAUGCUCCUGCUUCUUCCUCCUCUAUUCCCAACCUCAUACCCGUCUCCUCGUCUUCCACGACCUUACCCGACCAAACACCUUUCUCCUCGUCCCUCUUCUACUCCUCCACUCUCCCUAGCAGUCAGAGCCCCACAGCCACCCUCCAAUCCACCAACACCCAAACACAGAGCUCCAGCUCAAGCUCGGGAGAUGGCAGCCUUUUCCGCCAGAGAGGCAGCCAGGCGGCGCAGCCCGACGAGACGGGCAGGGUUCCGCCUUAUGUGGACUUCAGUCAGUUUUACCACCUGUGGGGAAAUGACCACAGCGACAGCCAGAGCACCCAGGGAGGACUGGGACCCCAGUGAGGAGGACCAAGAGGGUGCGGGGUGCCAGUUGGAAAAGGGGAAGAACUGGGUCUUCUCACAGCUAGUAGACCGUGGAUUUUGAAGGGACAAAGAUUUUAAGAGUUGGUUUGGAUGACCGUAAUGCUUUUAAUGUAUCGUACCUUAAAAAUAAGUGACGUGAAGGUGCAUGGGGCUGCAUGGAGGAGGGGCUGGGAUUGCCUGGGGUCUUACUAUCAAAGAAGGCAAAGAAUAACCCCAAGAGGGUUGGAAACUGGUGUCACUACACACUGCAAAAUAAUGUUUGCUCUUGCGUUUUAGGUGCUGGUCAUGAGAAUAUAUGUAAUCCAGAUUGUAGCCAUUAUUGUUCGAUGUGAAAACAUGUAUCUGCAAACAGGAAUCUCAUAGACAUGGAAGUUUGUGGAGUUGAGAAUGAUUUUAUACUGGAAGGCCUUAACAUGGAUUGAUUGGAUGUGUUUGAAAGUACAUUUUAAUGUUUAAUGAAAUUAUAUCUCCAAAUGACUCAA